UCUUUGCUCUCUCUCUCUCUCUAUCUCUCUCUAUGUAUAAAUGUUUUUGAAAUUUGUUAUUUUGGAAAUCUGAGCAUUUUGCAUGCAUUUUUUGUUUUCGAAAUUGCUCUGAUGGAUAGGGAUUGGUGUUUUGUUUUCCAUUGUUUUUUCUAGGUAUGUAGAUUUGGGUACUAGAAGCCACACAUUUGUUAGGUCCUGGUCUUCCUGCAAUGGGAAAAUCACCAGGGAAAUGGAUCAAGGGUGUUUUAUUUCGUAAGAAGUCAGCGAAGACUAACAUUUCGAAAGGAAGAGAGAAGGUUACAAAUGAGAAAGAGGUGGUGGUAACUGCUAAGGCACCGGGUGCUGAUUUUGCUUCGGUUCCUCCUGUAGCUUCAUAUCCUGACCCCAUUACAGUUGAUAGAAAUGAAAGAAAUUUAGAAUUUGAGAGCAAGGAAGCUGAAAGUGCAUCACAUGAUGGGGGAAUACUUUUGGCAGCAAGUCAAGAUACAGAAGCACAAGGAUCCACACCCCCAGAAGUACCCUGUGAUCCCGAGCAAAUUAGGAAAGAGCAAGCUGCAACAAAAGCUCAGGCUGCUUUUAGGGGUUAUCUGGCUCGCCGGGCAUUUCGGGCGCUCAAUGGUAUCAUUAGGUUGCAGGCCCUCAUUCGUGGGCAUUUGGUUAGGCGACAAGCUGUUGCUACUCUGUGCAGCAUGCUGGGAAUUGUCAAGUUUCAGGCACUUGUUCGUGGUAUAAGAGUUAGACAUUCUGAUGUUGGGCUUGAAGUGCAAAAGAGAUGCAGUCUAACAAUGCCUUUGGGUGGAAAGCUUGUGGAUUCUGUUGGAGUUGGCAUGUCAACAAAAAUGGCAAAACUGUCACCAAACAUUUUCAUUCGUAAGCUUCUUGUUCCAUCACGUACAGUGAUGCCACUGAAUGUACAUUAUGAAUCUGGGGAUCCAAAUUCAGUCUUGAACUGGUUAGCGCGUUGGUCAAGAUCCUAUUUCUGGAAGCCAGCUCCUCAACCAAAGAAAAUUAGAGAUUUGAAAUCUCAGAGGAAGCAGAGUAAUGGACAAAUUGUAGAACCUCAAACAAGCAGGUCAAAGCGAACACGGAGACCUGCAAUUGUUGAAAAUGUCACAGCGCAAGCACCCUCUGAGAUUGACAAACCCAAACGUAACUUUAGGAAAGUUUCAACUCAGUCGGCCCCAGCAGAGCCAGUGCAGGAAAAUCCACAAUAUGAACUUGAAAAGGUUAAACGUAGCUUGAGAAAGGUUCAUAACCCUGUAGUAGAGAACUGUGUCGUGUCAGAUGCUGAAACUGAAACUUCAAAAACUACUGGGGAAAAGACUUUGAACACCUCUGCUCAUGAUAUUACAACCAAUCCUCCCAGCCUGCCUGUUGUAGAAACGUUUCUUGAACCAUUAGCAAAGAAAGAGCUACCACAUCCAAAUAAUGCCAAUGAGAAGAUGAAGAAAGAGACUACUACUUCAUCCAACAUACCUGUUGUAGAAACAGUUCCUGAACCCUUAGCAAAGAAAGAGCCACCACGUCCAAAUAAUGCCAGUGAGAAGAUGAAGAAAGAGACUAAUACCGCAUCCAAAAUACCUCUUGUAGAAACAGUUCCUGAACCAUUACCAAAAAAAGAGCCAUCACGUCCUAAUAAUGCCAGUGAGAAGAUGAAGAAAGAGACUACUACUGCAUCCAACAUAUCUCUUGUGGAAACAGUUCCUGAACCAUUGAUGAAGAAAGAGCUACCUGAUGUUUCGUCAGGCAAUCUACCUCCAACAGAUUCAAAACCACCACCAGAGAGCAAUACAAAAGACAAAAUUAUCUCUGAUGAACAAGCUGCGCUUGAGUUGAAGGUUGUAAAAGAGAGCACUGGCAAAGAGGAGAAUACUUCUAAAACAAAUGGGGGAUUGAACCAGAAGGAUGACUUAACCAGCAGUGACAACCAGAAAUCCAGCAGGAAAUCUUCUACUCCAGCCAAACAAGAACGCGUAGAAAAUGGUUCAGGGGUACAGAGCAGUCCUACAUUGCCAAGCUAUAUGGCAGCAACUGAAUCUGCGAAGGCAAAACUGAGAUUAAAUGGCUCCCCGAAGAUUGUACAAGAUGCGAGUGAGAAAAAUAAUGUCACUCGCCGUCAUUCUCUGCCAUCGUCAACUAAUAGCAAAAUCAGUUCACAGUCACCAAGGACGCAGAGACUGGUUCAAACAGGUGGGAAAGGAGGAAAUAAAAGUGAGAAGUCUUUGUCGUCUUCAAGAGAUGGAAACGCAAAGGUAACACAGGCUGAGUGGAGAAGGUGAUUUACAAGGACAGUUUGGUUUGCAGGAGCUUUAACAUUAAGUUGCUGAUUAUUCAUGUUUGAAUCUUUUGAUUUUAUGUUUUUGUGGUUAAAAAAAAAAAAAAAAAAAAAAAAAGGUGUUGUGAAACUGUAAAACUGGGUCUAUAGAAGUUUAGAUGGUUGUGUGGGGCAAAGAUUCAUUAUGAUUUUCCUGCAUUUGGGGUGUUUGGGAGUGAAUGUACAUCAUAGGGUUUCUAAGUUUUAUAGUGCUGCUCUUCCUUUUGUUCAUUCUAAGCCGUGGUUGGUGUUGACAUGGUUUAUGGAGGUUCGUGGUGUAUUGUAUGGUGAUUGUUAUUUUAAAUGCACCUUCAUGUUUGUUUAUGUUAUUCCAGGAUAGACUCAUUUCGUUUUGAGAUGUCCUUUCAAGUAA